GAGAGAGAGGUGUAUUCAUCUGAUGAGCUCUUUGUCACCUUGGCUAUAAAUCAGAGAGAGGUUCUUUAUAUUUCAUAUCACUUACUUGGUAGCAUGUUGUCAUUUAGCACACUCAAAACAACACCUUCCGAUGCCAGUAUUACCGCAGAAUACGCCAUCAGUUUCCAAUACUACCAACACAAGUGAUGUCUUCAUCACACCAGUUUUUCCUUCUACUUCGAGUGAUAGCUUCAAGAUAGGCUACGAAGCUGACACCAUUGAUGUAGCAGUUGAAAGCAAACCAAUUCUGAACGUUGACCCUAUUUUUUCAAUCCAAUCUGACAGCGGAUCAAGGCUCGAAUAUGGUCUCAACAAGUUGAUCUACCUCACUGCACUCCUCAUCAUCAACAGUCCUGCGUUGGUACUCUAUUCUGUUCUUUUCGGCACUGCCAGCGUCGCAUUCAUCGUGGCCGGUCUCAUUGGGAUGGGUACAGCCUCCAUAGUUUCAUGGAAGGCCCUCGUUCACACCGUUAGCAUCAUGUCCGACGGUCAAGUCCAGUUGUACAAUCCGAGCAUCCAAAAAACCAUUGUUAGUGCCUUCACUUAUAUUGAUGCCGCUAUAAGUGUCUAUUCCCCCAAGUUCUAUGGAAUUGUCCACAGCGGACACGCCCGCCAGACUGUCAAGUGGAUCUACAAGUUCAGAGAUGGCACCACCACUGAUGAUUUGCAGAAAGCUCCCGAGGGCUCUGCCUUGGAAUCCAUCACAAGAGAAAUCACCGAUACCUCUGGGUCUAUCAAUGUCACGUUCGAGAGGUACAACAAUGGUCUCCGUGUAAAAGUCACGGGUACCACAGCCACCAACAUUGCAAACACCGAGGGCAGUAUCAGUGCACCACCCGCCACGAUUGAGAAGGAGGUUUUCAUCCCGAAGGAACUCGGUGGUGUUUCUGAUGAAGAGUUGAGACAGAUUGUGGGUGACGUGAAGGGCGCAUUGGGAAGCCUAGCCAAUGAGGAGUCGAGCAGCGUUUCGGAGAGAUGAUCACAUGUGCAUGUUCAUUCCAUCUACUACAACAAACCUCUAACGUAACAUCACAUCUAACAACAGACGUCC